AGUUGCUGCUGUUGCUGCUGUUGCUGCUGUUGGCGCUGCUGAGAGAAACCAAGAAGGAGGGUAAAAAAUCCAGCAGCGCCAGCAGCAGCAACAGCAGAAAAUUUUUACAUCCUUCCAAAGAAAGGAACACUCGACAGCAUCUCACUUGUAUUUGGUCCUUCACGAGGAAGGAACACUUCAUCUAUGUGCAAAACCACCAUGAUCUCUCUCCUCGAGCGCUUCUACGACCCCACCAGUGGCACCAUCUUCUUCGACGGUGUCGACUACUCGCAGAUCCACCUCGGCCGCUACCGCAGCAACAUCGCGCUCGUCCAGCAAGAACCGGUGCUCUACCAGGGAUCGAUAAGAGAAAACAUCGCGAUGGGCGUAAUUGACAAUGGCGAAGCCACUGGGGUAUCGGAUGACGAAAUCCUCGAGGCCUGUCGCCAGGCUAACAUCGACACCUUCAUCGCCUCCUUACCCGAAGGGCUAGCUACCCCCUGCGGGUCCCAGGGCCUGCAGUUCUCCGGCGGGCAGAGGCAAAGGAUUGCUAUUGCGCGGGCGCUGGUUAAAAAACCGAGAUUACUGCUGCUGGAUGAAGUGACGAGUGCGCUGGAUACGGAGUCGGAGAGGGUGGUGCAGGCGGCGCUUGAUGCUGCUGCCAAGGGCGAAGGCGAGAGGAAGCGGACGACGGUUGCUGUGGCUCAUCGGCUUUCGACUAUAAAGGGGGCGGAUAGGAUCUUUGUGUUUUCGUAUGGAAGGAUUGCGGAGGCGGGGACGCAUGAGGAGUUGUUGGAGAGGAGGGGGAUGUAUUAUGAGAUGUGUUUGGGGCAGUCUUUGGAUGGGUGAUACCUUACAUUAUUGUUGGGGUAUAGAGCGACGACGACAAUAAUAGAGUUUCAGUUUCUAUCGGCCCACAUUUCCAGGGUACCUAUGUUUCGGGCCAUCUCCGUCCGUGGACUGAAACAAUGACGAACUUUGCGUGGUGUUUUCCGCAUUUGUGUAACAUCGACUUUCCCCCUGAUGCUACUGUCCCGUUCGAUAAUUCUUCCGAACGGAUCGAUCGCAUAAUGCCACCACUGAAAAAUCCGUGGUUGUUUCAUCCGCACCUUUUUAACCGAUUCCCCACAUUCUGGGACACGAUCCCUCAUUCGGGCGCGUGGUAUUCUCUCCUCAACUGACACAGGAAUGACA